CAUGCUUUCAAUUACAGCCUGUCAUGGUGGUGCUGGGAUUUGUAGUUCCCCAGUGCCUAUUAGAAAGCUGGCUAUAUGCACAACCAUUUCUUUCUAAUGAAGUGUUUGUGAACAGAUGAGUGACCUGCAAAUGUGGCGAGACAGGGUGACACCAGGCCAACAUCUGGAUAGUCACAUGACUCCUCAUUCCUGUCAAUGGUGUUUAUCGGUGAACUGCCCCAAGACUUCCUGCGCAUCACUCCCACCCAGCAACAGCAGCAGAUCCAGCUAGAUGCCCAGGCUGCACAACAGCUUCAGUACACUGGAGCAAUGGGCACCAUGGGCAGACUUAGCAUCACUGUAGUGCAGGCAAAGCUAGCAAAGAAUUAUGGUAUGACCCGAAUGGAUCCUUACUGCAGGAUACGUUUGGGAUAUGCAGUGUAUGAGACUCCCACUGCGCAUAAUGGAGCCAAAAACCCUCGAUGGAACAAGGUGAUCCAGUGCACCAUGCCACCAGGAGUGGAUUCUUUCUACCUGGAAAUCUUUGAUGAGAGAGCCUUCUCCAUGGAUGACCGCAUUGCUUGGACGCAUAUUACUGUUCCAGAAACCUUAAAGGAUGGCAAAGUGGUGGAUGAGUGGUUCAGUUUGAGUGGCAGACAAGGAGAUGACAAGGAAGGCAUGAUUAACUUAGUGAUGUCCUACACGUCUCUCCCUGCAGCAAUGAUGCAGCCUCAGCCUGUGGUGUUAAUGCCUACAGUUUUCCAGCAAGGCGUUGGAUACGUGCCCAUAGCAGGACUUGAUUACUUGUCUCUGGGUAUGCAACCUGUUUACAACCCUGGAAUGGCAAUGACGUUACCACAACCUGCCGUAAACCCACAGCACCCAACACAUGAUGAAGACCUAAAAGCCCUCAAAGAUAUGUUUCCAGGCAUAGACCAAGAAGUUAUUAAGUCAGUUCUGGAGGAACACCGAGGAAACCGAGAAGCUGCAGUCAACUCUCUACUCCAGAUGGCCGAAGACUCUUAGUGACAAUCUCGCUCUGCUGCUUCCCUUUCCCUGCCAGUGUCCUAAUUGACUUGCCAAGAUGAAUCUCCUUUGACCUCUUUCCUCAACUCAUGAAUUGUUUUUGUUUUGGCUGUUCAAUGUGAGCUCUGUCGAACCCCACAAGAGAUUUGUGGAUUCCCGUAAAUCACCCUACAGUACUCUUUAAUGGAUACAGUUCUCUCAUCAGCUGCCUAUACAGCUAUCUACUUAAAAUGAAAGAAUUGUAGAAUGCAUAAGAUAUUAAUGGACUCCAAGAAGAUUUUCCUGCCCGUGUGGAAUGUGAUGUGUUAGUGCUGUAGUCAAAAUGAAUAUGGCUGAAGUCUACCGAAAAACCUUAUAUACACCACCCAUCCAGGGCUCCAUGCCACUUGGCUCAUCUGUGCUGAUAUCAACCGUGCAAUAGAAUAAGCAACAAAAGGCUUGAGAAAAUAUUAAAAUACAUAAAGUAAAUGGGUUUUUAUCCAGUUUUAUUAAUGUUUGAUAUCAUUAGACAUAUUUGGUAAGUUGUAUAGAACCACACAAUAAUUUUUCUUUCUAUAAGGAGAAUCUCCUGUCAUGCUGUAUAUGCAACAAGCUUGGCAUACAUCUAUGCAAAUCCUAAAUAGAAGAUUAGAGUCUGACUUUACUAAAGCAAUGUAGUCAUCUUACAGUAGAUUCUUCAUGACAAUCUAAAGUAGAGGUCCCCAAACUA